GCCCUCUGGCCUUUCCAGGAUGCAGAACCUCGGCAUACCGCAUCAGAGCGGUGCCGGCUUGAGUGGCUUGGGAGGUGGUCAUCCUCACUUCCUUUUCGAUGAUGCUUUUGAUCGGGAUGAACGAGGGCAGCCGAAAAAGAAGUACCUACGGAGAAUGAUAGACUACAAUCCACCAUUGAUAAAGUUCAAGACCGACAUGCUAUUGACGCAGCAUCGGCCUCUCUACAGGGCUGGCAACCAGAAGGCCCAUCUGUCCUAUAUGAAAGAUAUGGGACCGGGCUAUCUCGGUUACGAGUCGCCUAUACUGUGCAAGUACAUUCAUACUGCCAUUAAUAAGAUGCGAUGCGCAAUAAACUGUGUGGAGUGGCAACCUAAUGGCCAGCGCGUUUUGACGGGAUCGCAGACGGGAGAGUUCACCCUUUGGAACGGGGUUCACUUCAACUUUGAGAAUCUGAUGCAGGCUCACACGGCAUCCAUCAGAGCAAUGAAGUGGACCCCCGAUGGAGCCAACCUCCUCUCUGGAGACUCCAGUGGAUUGAUAAAGGUGUGGAACUCCAACUACUUCUGCUUCAAGCAAAUCGAAGCUCACCAGGAGACGCUGAGAGACCUGAGCGUAUCACCUUCCGGGGCCAAGUUCGUCUCAUGUGCUGAUGAGAAUGCAGCGAAGCUUUGGGACUUCCCUACUUUCAAGGAGGAGCGUACAUUUAAUGGACAUGGAUGGGAAGUGAAGACAAUCGACUGGCAUCCAUCGAUGAGCCUUGUGGCCACUGGCUCCAAGGACUUCAACAUCAAGUUGUGGGAUCCUCGACAGAGCGAGGCGAUCACGACGAUAUACGCGCAUAAGUCCGUAGUAGGAAGGGUACGAUGGAGCCCGAACGGUCAGUGGCUGAUCUCGGGAAGUCGAGAUCAGCUCAUCAAAAUGAUGGAUGUUAGGAAGAUGAGCAUAGACAAGGUCUUCAAGGGCCACACGCGUGAAAUUACCAGUUUAUCAUGGCAUCCUACCGCAGUUGGCAUAUUCUGUUCGGGUAGUUACGACGGUCAGAUCUGUCAUUGGGAUGUUGCCCAGGAUUCGAAGCCAAUCGAGUCGUUGAUAGGAGCCCAUGAUGGGUCGAUCUGGGCUCUGGCCUACCAUCCACUCGGCCAUCUGAUGGUCUCCGGUAGUCAUGACAACUGCACGAAGUUCUGGGCUCGUCCGAGACCUGGAGAUCCCGAUCCGCAGGAGCAGAUUCCGAAGGGCAGAAUGUACUAUACGCAUGUAGCCCAAGCUGAGGCCCGGAAGAAAGCACUAGAGGCUGCUGCUGUUGAUAGCAAGUCAGCGGCUAAGUUUGUUGCGGGUCGAGUCGAUGCUGAUGACGAGGACGCUUAA